GGAAGAUGUGGACGGUGGCGCUACCUAAACUUGGCUCAGUACUAGUCCCCUGAUGUAGGGGUUUGACACGUAUGCUUGUCCCUUGUUUCCGGAUUUGUAUAAAUGUCAGUUGACCACUGGGAAGAUAUCGUUGCCUUUCAUUUUUACGUGAUUUUAUCGUGAUCAGGUACAUCGAACACGACAAUAUCCAUGCGAUUACCAUAGCAUUCGAAUGACACACGAAACCUACAUCCGAGUUCGUAAGAGAAAGUCUCCCUGGUAGAUUGUACAGCAGUGACGAAAAUGAGCACCAUCGCAGAGCAACCUUGUUAUACGUUGAUUAACAUUCCAACCGACACAGAGCCUUUAAACGAGCUCCAGUUGAAGCUGGAUCUAGAGAAGGGCGAUGCCCAGACAAAGAUUGAAGCCCUGAAGAAGACCAUCCACAUGAUCCUCAGUGGAGAACGUCUGCCAGGACUUCUGAUGACUAUCAUCAGGUUUGUCCUGCCGCUGCAAGAUCACACAAUCAAAAAGCUUCUUUUAAUAUUUUGGGAGAUAGUGCCGAAAACUUCUCCAGAUGGCAAGCUUCUACAAGAGAUGAUUUUAGUUUGUGAUGCGUAUAGGAAGGACUUGCAGCAUCCUAAUGAAUUCGUCAGAGGCUCGACCCUCAGAUUCCUGUGUAAAUUGAAAGAGCCAGAACUUUUGGAACCGCUGAUGCCUGCAAUUAUUACUUGUUUGGAGCACAGACACUCCUAUGUCAGACGUAACGCUGUGCUGGCAAUUUUUACAAUUUAUAGGAACUUUGAGUUCCUCAUUCCUGAUGCUCCAGAAUUAAUAGCCAAAUAUUUAGAAGGAGAGCAGGACAUGUCUUGUAGGAGAAAUGCAUUUUUGAUGCUCUUACAUGCUGAUCAAAACAGAGCACUAGCUUAUUUAGCUGCUUGUUUGGACCAAGUGCCCAGCUUUGGUGAUAUAUUACAGCUGGUUAUUGUUGAAUUAAUCUACAAGGUGUGUCUAGCAAAUCCAUCAGAAAGAGCACGUUUCAUUAGAUGCAUUUAUAGUUUAUUGAACUCUCCAAGUGCUGCUGUACGUUAUGAAGCAGCUGGUACCUUGGUAACACUGUCUAAUGCCCCCACAGCGAUUAAAGCUGCAGCCUCCUGUUAUAUUGAGCUAGUUGUCAAAGAAAGUGACAACAAUGUUAAACUGAUCGUGCUUGAUCGUUUAAUCGCGAUGAAAGAAAGUCCUGUUUACGAAAGAGUUCUCCAAGAUUUAGUUAUGGACGUACUUAGAGUUCUAGGUUCACCGGCAUUAGAAGUCAGAACUAAAACGUUAGCCCUGGCCAUGGACUUAGUAACCACACGUACCAUAGAGGAAAUGGUUCAGCUCCUAAAGAAAGAAGUAUUAAGAACUGUGGGCGGGGAGCACGAAGAUGCUGGUAGAUACAGGCAACUUCUUGUGCGAACAUUGCAUGCCUGUUCAAUAAAAUUCUCAGACGUGGCAGCUACGCUGAUACCUGUAUUGACAGACUUCUUAUCAGAAAACAACGAAGCUGCUGCGACAGAUGUGCUAGUGUUCGUCCGUGAAGCUAUUCAAAGAUUCGAGAAUCUUAGACCGCUCAUAGUUCAAAAGCUACUUGAAGUAUUCCCACAUAUCAGAUCGGUAAAGGUACACAGAGCGGCUCUAUGGAUUUUGGGUGAAUAUGCUACAACGAAAGAAGACAUUGAAGCCUUCAUGAGUCGAAUACGAGCUGCCUUAGGAGAAUUACCAUUACUAGAGGCAGAGAACAGGCAUCAAGCUGGCGAGAAGACGGAAGAUGGAAAUACUCAAGCCACUCCAGCACAGUUGGUCACAUCGGAUGGAACUUACGCGACCCAGAGUGCAUUCAGCACUGCAUCCACUACUAAGGAGGAAGAGAAACGCCCGGCAUUGGUUCAGUACAUGAUGGAGGGUGACUUCUUCAUUGGUGCAUCAUUAGGUACGACCUUAGCCAAGUUGGCGCUUCGUUACAAGGGCCUCGAAAGUGAUGAACAAAAGCGCAAUCACAUGCAAGCCGAAUCUAUGUUAAUAAUGACCAGUGUGUUGCAAUUGGGUCGCUCCGGUUUACCCGCCAAGGCAAUGACUCACGAUGACGCUGAACGAUUGUUCCUGUGUCUAAGAUCUCUAGCUUGUCCAACACCGCUUGUACAGAAGGUAUUCACCGAGGGUUGUCGAGACGCCCUUGGACGAAUGCUGACAGCUAAAGCGGAGGAAGACUCGCAAACACAGAAGGCUAAAGAAAAGCCAGGUAGCAUCGUCCAAGUGGACGACGCCAUACAGUUCCUACAAUUAAGCCGUGGAUCGGAUUUGACGGGUGGAGCUGCAGACAUGUUUGAACAAAGUCUCAGCGCUGCCGUUGCAGGAAGACCCGGUUCCGGUGCAGACGCCCCAGCUCCCAGUGCUUUGAGCAAGGUCACCCAGUUAACUGGUUUUUCGGACCCAGUGUACGCAGAAGCUCUGGUUCACGUCAACCAAUACGACAUCGUGUUGGAUGUACUAAUUGUGAAUCAAACUGAGGACACGCUUCAGAAUUGCACUCUGGAGUUAGCAACGAUGGGUGACCUGAAACUCGUGGAGAGGCCGCAGCCCAUCGUGCUCGCACCGAGAGACUUUGCGAGCAUCAAGGCCAACGUGAAAGUAGCCUCCACAGAAAACGGAAUUAUAUUUGGCAAUAUAGUUUACGAUGUAUCCGGUGCUGGGUCCGACAGGAGUGUCGUAGUACUGAACGACAUACAUAUCGACAUUAUGGACUACAUAGUUCCAGCAACCUGUACCGACGCGGAGUUCCGGCAGAUGUGGGCAGAGUUCGAAUGGGAGAAUAAGGUGUCUGUAAAUACCACGUUAUCGGAUUUGAGGGAGUAUCUUGCCCAUUUACUGAAGUCCACGAACAUGCGCUGUCUGACCCCGGAAAAGGCACUUUCCGGACAAUGUGGCUUCAUGGCUGCGAAUAUGUACGCGAAAUCGAUAUUCGGCGAGGAUGCAUUAGCGAAUAUGUCCAUUGAGAAACCAUUAAACAAACCGGAUGCCCCAGUGGUCGGCCAUAUUCGUAUCAGAGCAAAGAGUCAGGGGAUGGCGUUGUCGUUAGGGGAUAAAAUCAAUUCCACGCAAAAGGGCCCGCAGAGCAAGGUCGUACAAGCUGCUUAAAGCACGUAGUCUCUAAUCGAACUCACAUCGAUCUUCAGUAUUCGAAUUAUUACGGGAGACCCAAUUGGACCUUAUGGGUAUCGCAGAUGACGGCCAUUCCCAUUUGUCUUCGUCAAUUCCACAACUUCGAUUCUCUUCUUCAAUUAAACGUUGAAGUAUGUUUUCUACAAAUAUACGCCCGUAUUAAUUUCAGCGCCAUUGUUGUUUGUUUGUUUCCUUUCUGUACCGUCAGUCGCCAGCACCGUCGAACGACGAUACACCUUAUGUAUCCACCAGCGAAGAAAUAUACAUACACGAUACUUUAGCCUGUAAGUCUGGAUUUCGUUCGAUCGAAGCUGAUUUAUUUGGUACAUAUUUUUUAAGAAAUAAAGAACGAACACACUACUGCCCUUCA